CACCCAGCACGCCGUCCCAGUGUUUGCAUCGGCCAGGAGAGACGGCGAGCACCCCCAGCCCCCGGGGCACACGCACGCACCCAACCCCACCAGCCUCCUUCUCGGUGCCGGAAUCUCCGCGAGUCCGACUCGGUGGGGAUUCGCCGUUUGAUCUACUUCUCCGAGUUCGAAGCAGCGUCGAAUUGGAGCCGGAGCCGGAGCCGGAGCCUAAUGGCGGUGGGGAUUUCUGGCUAGUGGCUCUAUAUAUGUCUAGGCGCCGGCGGCAGAGCGGAACCAGCAGCCAAGGGAUGGAAGAUGCGUCGAAAUCGAGCCCCAAGCGCAAGGCCGCCGCCUGCGAUGCGUUUCCCCGUGGCGGCCGCAAGCGUCGCCCGGCGACGGCGGCGGCCGAGGAGCGGGACUGGACAUCGCUCCACCCGGACAUCAAUAAACUCAUCGCCGAUCGGCUGCUGGAGGAGGACGUGACGGAGUACAUUGUGUUCCGCGCCGUGUGCACGCACUGGCGCGCGUCCGCGCCGAGCCCACGGGACACCUCGCUGGCCGACCGCCGCUUCCACCCGCGCGGCUGGGUUGCGCUCUGUGAGGGCACCGGCGUCCGUCCUGUCGACGACGAGGCGAUCACCUUCUUCCACGCCGCCUCCGGCAAGGUCCGGCGGGUGCACCUGUGGGAGCUCCAGGGUCAGCGGAUCGUCGGGUUCACGGACGGCCUCAUCCUCCUGCUCGACACAGGCACCGCCGUCGUCCGUGUCCUCCACCCCUUCACACGCGUCAUCGUCCAGCUGCCCCACCUCGCCGGCUUCUUCCACCGCGUGCUCAGCAAGCAGGCGUCUUUCAAGAUGGACUCCUUCGUCUGGCUCAACGCUGCCGUCUGUGUUGCCAGCCCCAGCUCCAUCGCCGUCGUUGUCUGGUUUCCCAACAUGCCUGUGGUGAUCUGCGCGGAGCCGAGCAUGAAGCAUUGGGUCAUCCUCCACAUCAAUAUCCAGUUCACCAACACCUUGCCCUUCAAUGGCCGGCUCUACGGCGUGACACGGGUCGGGAGGCAGCUGGUGCAGAUCUACCCUCAGUACAAACACGUUGAUCCAGUGGUCGCUGAAGUGCCAAAGGAACUUGGCCUCCCUCAGAGCUGCUGCUACUACCUUGUGGAGUCCACGGGAGCUAUGCUUCUCGCCGUCCUGCACAAGGUCUCAGGCGAGUGCUCCAAUGCUUUUGCACUCUUCAAGGUGGACCUCUGCAGGCAGGAGCUGACUCGGGUGCCUAGCCUAGGCGACCGGGCUCUGUUCCUCAGCGACGACCGGUGCCUCUCUGUCUCAGCCAGGGACCUCCCUUCCAUUAGCGGCAAUUGCAUCUACUUCACCUUGUCCAACGCUUGUAAACCCAUUAUGGUGCACUCGCUCAACGAUGGCUCGUUUGAGAGCUUACCGAUGUCGUGCCUGGAACACGACCAGUCGGUGCUGACUCAGACUUCUGUGCAGCCCUUCACACUUGCUGAUCAUCUGAUCACCUACUGCCACCAUCGUGAGUGGACAAGAGGGCUCAUGUUCCAUGAAUUCUACUUCAUACCCAAUUAUUGGGACAAGCUAAGGAAGAGGAUCGCUGUACAGGAUUCUGAAGUCGUGGUUCCGAGGCUGCGAGGAACGGUUGACCAGCUGAAGAGGCUAGAGAUACCUGACCUGUUGAGAUUUGCACUUUCCUUGGGGACGAAUCGUGGCAAGAGAUUAAGGCUUACAACAUAGUGAAUCAUUUUUGGAUGGCGUGGUACGGUUGGUGCAUCCUGGAUACUUCCUCCAACGUUGUGAGCAGAUUAGACAUACAGUGACAUAGUUGCUGAAGGUGGCAUGCCUUACCGGAUGAACUGAGCAUGUGCUUGUGUUUACUUAUUUAUCUGUUAAGCUACCCAAUGUACUAGACCACUUGCAUUAUUUUCGUUAUCCGUGUCUUUUUUGUGCCAUGUAGUAACUCUUUGUUCUCAUUCAAUAAAUCGAAUGAUAUGGUUACUGGUGAAUGGUGAUUGGGCCAA